UCAGAAAGCCCGGACGCGUGGAGAGGAGCGCACAGGUUGGAGCGGCCAGGCGAGGCGAGGCCGGGGGGUCGGGCUGCUGCUGCUGCUGCUUCUCCCGCUCCUCAUGGCGAGCUUUGCAAGCUGAGCCGGCCGCUGCCCUCCCGCCCUCCUGCCAGCGCCCGGGCGAGCAUGUGUGCGCCGCGCUCCUGGGCUCCCCAGCGCAGCUCGCCGGCGGCCGAGUGAUCCCUGCGGGAUCUCCGUUCAUGGUCAUCUGGCGCGCCCUCCUGUCGCCGCGGGAUCCCGGGAGCGGCUGCUGCCCCCCGUGACGGAGAUCAUGCAGGCGGGCUGGGCGCCGCGGCUGGCGGCCGCCCUGGGCGUCCUGCUGUGGGCCGUGGAGGUGCUGCGCGGCGCCCGGGCGGAUUUCACCCUGGAGAACGAGGUGCGCUCCAGCUUCAUCCACAAGCGGCUGCGCAGCCAGGAGCGCCGGGAGAUGCAGCGGGAGAUCCUGUCCAUCCUGGGCUUGCCCCACCGGCCGCGGCCCCACCUCACCGGCAAGCACAACUCGGCGCCCAUGUUCAUGCUGGACCUCUACAACGCCAUGACCGGCGAGGAGGAGGGCGCCGCGGACGCCGCCGCCGGCGAGGGCUACUCCUACCCCUACAAGCCCCUCUUCAGCACCCAAGGGCCCCCCCUGGCCAGCCUGCAGGACAGCAACUUCCUCACCGAGGCCGACAUGGUCAUGAGCUUCGUCAACCUGGUGGAGCAUGACAGGGAGUUCUAUCACCACCGCAGACAUCAUCGGGAGUUCCGCUUUGACCUCUCCAGGAUCCCUGAGGGUGAAGCCGUAACAGCUGCUGAGUUUCGGAUUUACAAGGACUACAUCAGAGAACGCUUUGAUAACGAAACAUUCCAGAUUAGUGUCUACCAGGUUCUCCAAGAACCCCCAGAAAGGGAUUCAGAUUUGUUCCUGCUUGACACUCGAAAAAUUUGGGCCGUGGAAGAAGGCUGGCUGGUGUUUGAUAUCACGGCAACUAGUAACCACUGGGUGGUAAACCCACAACACAACCUCGGCUUGCGACUAUCAGUGGAGAGCAUAGAUGGAUACAGCAUCAAUCCCUCGAUAGCUGGCCUGAUUGGAAGGCAUGGUCCACAAAACAAGCAGCCGUUCACUGUCGCCUUUUUCAAAGCUACUGAGGUACAUUUUCGUAGUAUUCGGUCUGCAGGAGGCAAGCCCCGAAACCAGAAAUCUAAAGCACCAAAGAACCAAGAAGCCUUUCGGGGGUCAAAUAUUGGAGAGAAUAGCAGCAGUGAUCAAAGACAGGCUUGCAAGAAACAUGAGCUCUAUGUCAGCUUCAGGGAUCUUGGCUGGCAGGACUGGAUCAUUGCUCCAGAAGGCUACGCUGCAUACUACUGCGAAGGAGAGUGUGCCUUUCCGUUGAACUCUUACAUGAAUGCAACAAACCAUGCUAUUGUGCAAACACUGGUUCACUUUAUAAACCCGGACACUGUCCCGAAGCCCUGCUGUGCCCCGACGCAACUCAACGCCAUCUCUGUUCUUUAUUUUGAUGACAGCUCCAACGUCAUCUUGAAGAAAUACAGGAACAUGGUGGUGCGGGCCUGUGGCUGCCAUUAAGCAUACUGGACUGGAGAGCUCCACGGGGCUCACAAGAUGCGCAGGGUUGUUGUUGUGUUAAGGAAAACAUGGAUCAUUUUAAGCACAUCUCCUUUAAGACAUGCCACAGUUCUUAGGAAUAGCGUUUCUUAAGCAGCCAAAAUGGAUGAGCUCCAGACUCAGGUGGCAUUUUGAGCAGAUUUUUGCUUUUAGCUUUCAAGCAGGGAUCGUUCUGCAAACUCACGCAGAGUGCAAAUCAGGAGCAAGGAUCAGUUUGCAAAAAGGUCUGUAAUUCUGUAGGCAAACAGGAGUAUUUUUAAAGGUGGUUUUUCCAAGGGGAAUGAACCUUUUAACAAAAAAAAAAAGCCAUCUGUGCUGAGCAGCGUGUUUGCGUGUUCAUUUGAGUGUGUGUAUGUGUGUUUGUGCACAGGUUUAUAAAAGUUAUUCUUAGAGACACGAAUAGCUUCAGUUAAAACAAAUGAACGAAUGAGUGAACAAAUGAAUGAAUGCCCGUGACUGGAUAAACCAGACACUGUGUCGAGAUUACUAGGGAUCUCUGAAAACUGUCCUUUUUUUGUGUGUAGGCAUCUCCAUCUCCCCACUUGUAUUAUGUAUUUGGGGUGCUUGCCCACCAAAGCAGCUAUGCAAUUUCCCAGCCACUGUGCAUUACGUUCAUAUUAUUCACAGCUGUGCAUCUUCUUCUUUAUUCCAGAGUGCAGACAGAUCAGAAACAUUGUUGUACAUAACUUGCACACUUGGCUCAACUGUGCCUUUUGUUCCCCAUUCACUCUUCUACGGUUGACUUAAUUACACAACAGAUUGCAUAGUUGAACCAUCAGUUUCUCUCUCUCUCUCCUCUUAGCAGUAAAAUUUGUCACAUAUCAGCAGUGAAGUUGACAAACCUGCUUCCUGUUGAGGAGUUUUAGGCACAAUUGCAGUAUUUGGUUUUCACUUUGAGAAUCAAUCAUCUCUAUAUAUAAAAAGCUAACAGUGACUUUGUUACUCAUGCCCUAACGCGGAAGCGGCUGGACGGAUCGCCCCCAAAUUUUCACAUGACGUCCCUCCCUGUUGCGGGCAGGUAAUCGG